GUAACAUGUGUGAAAAGUGUGAUUAAAUAAAAGCUCAGAAAUGCAGCUCAAGUUCUACUUAUUAUCGGGUUUAUUUUUGCUGUCCUUUUUGGGUGGCAACAGCGAAAUUUUAGUGCUAAUUUCUUGUCCGACGGCACAGCCACUAGCUGAACAGAAUUGCCGAGCCCUGCGUGAAAAUCUACGACAGCAGCAACUAGCGGCGGCAUUCCCACAGGAUUAUGUCAUCAAAGUGCACAUAAUGUAUGAGCUAUUCAAUUACUGGACAUUGCUGGACGCACUGCCGCACUUGCAAGGCCAGACACGUUUGCUAAACGCGCACACCGAAUGGAUUAUUUGGUGUCAGCAUAACACGCACGUGUCCUCGCUGCGUGUCCUGCUCGAGCAGCUGCAGCAACAAAAUUCCCAGGAGCUUGCCUACUACGGUCAUGCCUUGUACGAUGCUGAGGCCACCAUCGUGCAUCAUUUUGCACACUAUAAGAACCCAACAUGGUUCCCAUAUCCCAUGCUCAGUGCAGGCAUUAUUUUCACGGGUCCUCUGUUGCGCAGUCUGGCCGAGCUUGUUGCCAUAAAUGCGUCAAAGCGGCACAGCGAGUUCGCCAUUGAUGCUGCACAUGAGUUGGCCCGCUACCUUUUCGAUAAUUUAAGCCCCAAUGCGUCGGGAAAACUCAAAGCACCAUAUAAUAGUGUUAACGGCAAAGGUGGCGCAGAGGACGGAACGGAUGGCCAGAUGUUGCAGCACAAAAUAAUUUUGAAAAGUGCAGCCUACAUUUGUCCCAGGGCGAAUGUGUCGCCAAGCUUGUCGUCGCCAUCGUCGGCGUCGUUAUCCCCAAAGACGACCGAUGUGCCAUGUUUGUUGCAUGCAAAGCCGGAGACGAGUCCCACGGUUCUGCCGGCGGAUCUAGUUGCAAAUGGGAGGAAAGUGGUUGAAACAGCGAGCUGUCUACACACAACAAGCUCGCAUAUGUAUUUUGCAAUCAAAACCUGUGCGAAAUUCCAUAAGGAGCGCAUACCAAUCAUCGAACGCACCUGGGCGCCCGAUGCUCGGCAACGGAAAUACUACAGCGAUGUGGCAGAUGCCAGUAUUCCGACAGAGAGCACGGGUAUACCGAAUGUGGAGACGGGACAUUGUGCCAAAACAUUGGCAAUAUUGCAAUUAUCCCUCAAGGAUAUCAGCGAGCAAAUGAAAUGGGCCGAGAGGCAGGGCCAAGGGCGCCAAUCCAUACGAUGGCUGGUAGUCGUUGAUGAUGACACGCUUUUGAGCGUGCCUCGCCUGAGCGCUCUAUUGAGCUGCUACAAUCACUCGGCGCACAUCUAUUUGGGCGAGCGGUAUGGCUAUCGCCUGUAUGCCUCCGAUGGCUUCAACUAUUUGACGGGUGGUGCUGGCAUUGUGUUCAGCCUGCCGCUGGCACGACUCAUCGUGAAACGCUGCAGUUGCCCCACCAUUGCAGCACCAGACGACAUGGUUCUGGGCUAUUGCCUUCAUGCCCUGGGAGUUCCGGCUCUGCACUCGCCGGCAUUCCAUCAGGCACGGCCGCAGGACUAUUCGCCGACGCUGCUGCAGCUCAUACCGCCCAUAUCCUUCCACAAGCUCGAGCACACACAGCCGGUCCACACCUAUCGUCACUGGCUAGGUGGUGCCUAUGACAAUACAAGUCUGGGCCUUACGCCUGGUGCCGCUGCAAGGGCAACCACUUCCAACUAUGACCUAGGACUCCUGAAGAUGCAUGUGGCAUCGGGCUUUGAAGCAGCCUCAAAACAUCUGGAUUUGUAAUUGGACUUGUAAUUGUGAUGGGCGAAUUCGAAUUUUCUAUUCCAAAAGUCUCUUCCAUAGCUGUAAGUUUCUGUUGGCUCUUUCUUGUGGAGUUCUUUUUAUAACAGAUUACAAAUAUAAAGUUAAGUUUCUGUGAAUAAAAUUAAUUUUUGUUGCAA